AUGAUGAAUAGGACAUUACUAGUGUUCGCACCAUUCCAGGCUUUAGUUUGCGCAGUAUCUUUCGAUAAUAUAUUAUCAAACAUUAUGAAAAAGAAGAAACAUUAUAUUAUAUUGAUUCUUUUAUUCCUAUUAUGCAUAUUUCAAUCGAAUAAUUGUACACAUUACGCAUCAGAUGUAGAGAAUUACGUUCAUUUCCAAAUUGAAACACCUCAAGGAGUAGAAUUAAGUGAUGACCAUAGAGAAUUAUACCAAUACAUCAGACACCAAGGCAAAAAUAAGCCAAAAAUUGUUUCAUUUUGGGAUAUUGCUUACCAAAUGCAAGUCUUAUCAAAUUGCGUAACAUACAAUGAUGGUAAUACUAACAAUAGAACGCAUAUGUCUAAUAUAGAAAUGAUUUAUUCAGAAAAUGAAAAUAAUGCCUGGACAAUAAGUCGUUCUUUAGAUGCAGACUAUAUAGUAGUUACUUUUGGAGGAGCAAGCAAUUAUGAGAAUGACGAUAUUAUGAAGUUCCCUCUUAUAUUACAGAAUCUUCCAAAUUUCUUUUCAAAUAUCUCUCUUUCUGAUUAUCAGAAUGAUGAUGUUUUCUUAGUUUGUCCAAAUAUGAGACCGAAAAUGUUAGAAUCCAUGUUAGUUAGAUUUUCUUAUAAUAAUUUUAAGAAAUUUACGUUCGGUAAUAAGACGAAGCCCGGGCAUGACACAAUUCGAGGCUGUGUCGUCAAGUACCAAGCUUCUAAAAUGACAAAAUUUACUGAAGCUUACACUACUUCUAAUUGGUUGCUAAGAUUAUACAAAGUCAGCCCAGACCCAAUAUGGAAUAGAGUAUACUAA